GUUGCGCCCGAGCAUUCGUGUCGGGUAACAGCGUAUGCCUGUUGCUCGUUGCGUCUGCUCCAUAUCACAAGGGCGGAACACUAUAAUUACGAGCAAGUCACCCACCAACGACGUCACGAAGAAACUGCACCACUGGGAGCACUGCCGACCGUGAAAGCAUGUCUUCCGGCGCCAUGCCGCAUGACGCCGCUCCGCCGACCGCCGACAUCGACGACAUUGAAAAGCUGGCCAUGGUCAACUUAAAGCCUGUGGUGCGGACCUUCAUACAGACAGGAUAUGGCCGGGGUCUGACAGUGCGUGAGAAUCGCAAGGCCUUCGACAGGUGGCACUUCCUACCCAAAGUGCUCUCGGGAUCCUCGCAGAGGAACACACAGACGACGUUGCUUGGCAGGGUGGUGUCCAUGCCUGUUGGCAUCGCUCCGACGGCGGCCCACUGCAUCGUGCAUCCUGACGCCGAGCUCGCCGUCGUGAGAGCUGCACGAGAAGCAAGAGCAGUGAUGGCGGUCAGCGUGGUGCACUCUGCUUCGCUGGAAGAGAUGGCGGCCACCGCAGGCCCCGACGCCGUCCUCUGGGCUCAGCUGGACAUCCGCAAGGACCGCUCCAUAACUCUGGAGGAAGCCCUGCGUGCGCAGCGCUGCGGCUUCGCGGCACUGGUAGUGACACUAGACGCGCCUUUAGUCGGACGCAAGGCAGCACCUGGCGUGACUAACCCCGUGACCGAAGCUUUCGGAGAUAUCUUCCUACAUCUUCGUGGUGACACGCCUGGACAUGAAUGGGACCCCUGUCAGAGCUGGGCUGAUAUCGACUGGCUGCGCAGUAAAGUCGACCUGCCCAUAGUCAUCAAGGGUAUUCUCAGAGGUUGUUCGGACGUGGGAAAGCUAAACCCUGGCUACCUUAGGCGCCGCACAGCUUUCAUCCACGAGUACACCGGCGUCACACCAGCAGACUUUGCUGGAAGGCUUAAUUUAUGA